GAAAGAAUUCCAUAGUAAAAUGGAUGUGAUCUCUAUGAUAAUAAAUGAGUCUCAUAAUUAUAACUUCAGAAUAUUUUCUUCUCCAAGUUCUUUUCACAAAUUCAGACGAAGGCAAUUCCAUCACACAAUUUCUAUAACAUAAUUACCGUUUUUUCAUCAGUAGUGCACAUCUAAUAUUUCUUCCUAGUUGAUUUCAUCUUUUCAGAACCACAAUCAACAUCACUAGGAAAAAAAGUAACAACUACAGUAUCAUCACAGUCAACACUUGAGAAGUUAUCUAAACAUAAUUACCAAAACAUGGAAUAUAAAAAACUUCUUAUUGCUAAGAACGAAGAAGGAGAUAUAGAGUUGGCUGCAAAACGAGCAACUACAUAUGAUGCAUCACCAGAACACAAAUCUGAAUCAGAGAAUAAAAACAAUAUUAAACAAUCUACGCGUCCACAAACAGGAUCAUCUUUGUCUCAUAAAAAAAUUCAUUUUUGUUUUUUAAUUAACCUUGUUGUUGUUAUCCUAAUAACUAUCAUUAGUAUUACAACAUGGUUUAUUUUCAUUAAAAAAGCCGAAACAACAGUUAAUACAAUUACAGCUACAAUUGAUGCAUCAACAACAGGUACAACAAUUCUUACAACGUCGACAACAACAACAACAACAACAAUGCUUACAACGUUGUCAACAGAAACAGCAAUGCUUACAAGGUCGAUAACAAAAACAACUAUGUUUACAACAUUGACAACAGAAACAACGCAGACAACAAAAACCGCAAUAACUACAAUGUCGAUAGUAGAUACAACAAUGCUUACAACGUCGACAAAUUUCCAUACAACAACAAAGAAUGUAUCAAAAUUCAACAAAUGGAAACAGUAUGCCAUUAUUGUAGCCGGUGGACAUGGAAGAGGAGAAGAAUUAAAUCAACUCUAUUACCCUUAUGGAAUCUUUAUUGACGAAAAGAAAAAUAUUUUCAUUGCUGAUGGUUUUAAUCAUCGUAUUGUUGAAUGGAGAUAUAAUACAAGAGAAGGACAAACUAUUGCAGGUGGAAAUAAAGAAGGAAAUCGAAUGGAUCAAUUGAAUUAUCCAACAGAUGUGAUUGUUGAUCAACAAAAUCAUUCGAUCAUCAUUGCUGAUUAUGGCAAUAGGCGAGUAAUUCAAUGGUUGAAUCAAAAUCAACAAAUUCUCGCUGAAAAUAUUGGCUGUUGGGGUUUGGCAAUGGAUAAAUAUGGAUUUCUUUAUGUUUCUGAUCGUGAGAAGAAUGAAGUGAGACGAUGGACAAUGGGUGAAUACAACAACGAAGGUGUUAUAGUGGCAGGUGGAAAUGAAAGAGGAGAUAAACUCAAUCAACUCAGUCGUCCAGGUUUUAUCUUUGUUGAUGAAGAUCAAACUGUUUAUGUAUCAGAUCAAAACAAUCAUCGUGUGAUGAAAUGGAAAAAAGAUGCAAAAGAAGGAACAAGUGUGGCUGGUGGAAAUGGCCAAGGAGCAAAUCUCAAUCAAUUGUCUUAUCCUGAAGGAGUAAUUGUUGAUGAUUUAGGUCAAAUCUAUGUGGCAGAUUAUGAGAAUCAUCGAGUAAUGCGUUGGUGUGAAGGAAAAGAAGAAGGUGAAAUUGUUCUUAGUGGAAAUGGUGAUGGAAAUCAACCAAGACAGUUGUAUUAUCCCCGUGAUUUAUCUUUUGACGAUGAAGGAAAUCUUUAUGUUGUUGAUCGGUUCAAUCAUCGAGUUGCAAAAUUUGAAAUUAUACUGUGA